AAGCGCAGAUGGCGCCAGGAGCAGACCAGCGCCCCCGCCGCCGCGUCUCUGCCGCUUUGUGCUCUCCCGCCCGCCAUGGCCAGCCUUAAGGAUCUCGAAGGGAAGUGGCGCCUGUUGGAAAGCCACGGCUUUGAGGAGUACAUGAAAGAGCUAGGGGUAGGACUGGCUCUUCGGAAGAUGGCGGCCAUGGCCAAACCCGACUGCAUCAUCACUUGUGAUGGCAACAACCUCACCGUCAAAACCGAGAGCACAGUGAAGACCACGGUGUUCUCUUGUGUCCUGGGAGAGAAGUUUGAUGAAACGACGGCGGACGGCAGGAAAACCGAGACGGUCUGCACCUUCACAGAUGGCGCCCUGGUCCAGCACCAGAAGUGGGACGGGAAGGAAAGUACGAUAACCAGGAAACUCAAGGAUGGCAAGUUGGUUGUGGAGUGUGUCAUGAACAAUGCCACCUGCACGCGGGUCUAUGAGAAGGUGCAGUGAGAGCUCCAUCUUCAUCCUGGACAGGAGUUAGCUGCCAGAGUGAAGACGCUCAAUUCAGUGAGCAGGUCAUAAAUAACCAUACGGCCUCACUUCUUUGGUUUUUUUUUUUUUUUUUCAUGACUGUUAAGUUCUCUUUAUCACAAACAUUUCCCACAAAACCCUUGUCAAACUUGGUUUAUCCAGGAUCAUUCCUUUGGUUAGUGAAUAAAUAGUGUUUGUGCUAAUUCAUGAUA